UGUGAUCUUAGCAACUAAAGAUGGCGGAAAAAGAGAGUGGUGCAGCAAUGGAUGAAAUUAUAUCGCAGUUCAAAACAUACGAGGAUUUCUUGGACUCGCAGGUCACCUCUCUGGACCUCUACUAUCUGGAGGAUGAAGAGUUAACUCGGCAGCUCGUGGAGCUGGGUUACAGGGGAAGUGGAGAGGUGAUGAAAAGAGAGGAGUUUGAAGCAAGGAAGGCGGCUGCAGAGGCUUCUCAGCUCUCCCAAAGAACCCAACAAAAAAUAGUGUCAAGUGCAGGAAAGGAACUGAAAGAUAAUUUCCUGAAAGCAUUAGCCUCAAGGGAAGAAGCAAAUCGUAAUGGAAAAAUGACUUCCAUCAUCUUUAUCAGAGAUAAAAAUGUCCAUGGACAAGAGAUAUCUGGGUAUAUUGAUUUUUCUCAGCGGCUAAAGACUGAGGAUUUUGACGUCUACUUUACUGGCAAAAAGAAACUUCUCCCACGUCCUACAGACUUAAGGUUUUUAUUAAAAAUUUUUUACAACUGGAAGACCAAUGUUUCAACUUCAAAUGCAAGUCAAAAUUACCAAGUGAUUGCCGAAAACUCAUUUGGUAUACUGUUCAAAAAUAAGAGGGACAGGAAAAUACUAAACGUGGAUCCUAAGGCAUCUCCAGGUGACAACUCCACUCGGACACCUAUUGAAACAGAUCUCUACAUACAAGCUGUCAUCUAUGAUCACAUCACCCGCCGUAAAACCUAGAAGAUCACCUAGAAAUCGAGAACAAAUAUGUCAUAUUGCGUUUAAUAAACAUGUUUUUAAUACCGUCA